AAAAUGGUAUUUAACAUUUUAUAAUCUAAAAAAAUAUUCUCGAGGGCUGAAUUGCACAGAAUAAAACUAAAGAGGACAUUUAUGCUAAAAAAGAAAUUCUCUUCUCCCAUAGUAGAACACCCCAAAGACGACGUCGUUUCGUGUAUCCUCUCUUCUGAACUCCACAGGUUCACAGCUCUCAUUCAGAGCAAGGUUCAUCUCUCUCUCUCUGAAUUCCCAGAGAAGAAAUGAAUAUGCGCGUAGAUUGUAGCAUGAGAGCUUCUUUGGUUUCAUUUUCACCAAUCAUAACCACAACUUCCUCUUCCCACUCGAGGACUAGGAGACCACCUUCUCUCUCACUGGGCAGCUCUUCUUUCUCAUUCUGGGGAUACCCUUUUCCUCGUAUACUCCAAAACAACUUCCAUGUCCACCAUGCCCGCAAAAAACGCUCGGAGCCCCCGCAACCAGAACCGGUGCUCAGCCCAACUAUAGUCGAAGAAGUUUCACUGGACGAUGAUGAAGAAGACCUUCUCUUUGACGAUUUCGAAAAUGAAGAUAUUAUAGAUGAUGAUGAGGAUUAUGGUGAAGAUGAGUAUGAGUCGGAUGAUGCUGAAACCUAUGUUGGAGAUGGAGGUGCAGGGGGUGGAAUUUCUCUUGCAGGAACAUGGUGGGAUAAAAAGGCAUUAGAGAUUGCUGAAGAAGUUUCUCUUUCCUUCGAUGGUGAACUGAAAAUAUAUGCCUUCAAGACAUUGUUAAAUUCUACCAUUCGAGUGCGCAUUGAGACACUUGCAAAUAAAUCUGGUUCCCCCACUAUGGAAGACAUAGAAGCUUUUACCACAACAUAUCGAGCACGGUUAGAUGAAGCAGAGCUGGCUAAAUCAAUACCUGAGAAUGUGUCUUUAGAGGUGUCAUCGCCGGGUGUUGAAAGGGUAGUUCGGAUUCCACAAGACCUUGACCGGUUCAAAGAUCGAGCUAUGUACGUGAAGUACUAUGCGAGUGAGAUAACUCCAUCUCCAUCUGGUUCGUCAUCCUCAGAAAGUGAUGGUGUUUUUAGGCUUGUUUCAUUUGAUAUGGAGACAAAGUGUUGCACAUGGGGCAUAGCAGAUGUGAGAAUAAAUAGAGAGAAAACAGGUAAAGGGAGACCACUCAAUAAAAAACAAAGAGAAUGGCGUUUGGAGACACCCUUUGAUUCCCUGUGUUUGGUCCGGUUGUAUUCUGAACUUUGAUUAUAGUAAGCAUUGUUUUCCCAACUCAACAAAAUUAAGAUAUAGCAGAGAGUUUAGAUUAAAAGGCUAAUAUACUUAUACAAAAUGUCAUGUUUUCCUAUGUCUUUCCAUUUUUGACAUUGUAAUUUGUAAAAGAAAUAUAUUUUUUAUUUAUAUAUAAUAUCAAUAUCAUACUUAUUGUA